GUUUUAAAAGACCGAUUGAAUUCUUUCUUUUUUGGAAUGACAAUUUCCCAAUGGUUUGAUCCUUUUCUUUCUUUCUUUCUUUGUUCUUUUUAACGUAGAACCGCAGCUUCAACACGACCAAUAAACUCUUUCAACAAUGAGUAAUAUUAUUAUGGCCACAGAAAAAAUGGUGAAGGACUAUAUGAAAUCAUUUGAUCCUUCUCAUGACAUGUUUCAUAUUGAACGUGUACGCAAACUUGCAUUGGAAUUGGCUCAUGAUAGUGUUUCGCAUGGCAAGAAGGUUGAUAUGGAGAUAGUAGAACUGGCCGCUUUAUGUCAUGAUGUUGGUGAUCCCAAGUAUUAUCAAGGUGUAAUCACUGGGGGUGACAUUGUAUCAUCGUUUUUGACUCAAAAAGGUUAUGACUCCUUCAAGGCUGAAUUGGUGUCUCGUAUAGUGAACAAUGUGGGAUUUAGGAAAGAACUUGGUUGGAAUGACAAGAUAGACGAUCCUUGUUUUGUUCAAUGGCGCAAUAAUUGUAUUGAACUUCAUGUGGUGCAAGAUGCUGAUAAACUGGAUGCUAUGGGUGCUUUUGGCAUUUUACGAUGUGGAGCGUAUUCUGGCAAAAUCAAUGUUCCUUUAUAUGAUCCCUAUUCAGAUCCUAUUCGUUUCAUGACCAAAGAUCAAUAUGAGGAACAGACAGUGGCGAAAAAUGGAUCAGCUAUCAAUCAUUUCCAUGAAAAACUAUUAAAGUUAUCAUCUAUGUUGCGAACACCAAAAGGGAAAGAGCUAGGAAAACAGCGUCAUGAUUUUAUGCAACUAUUUAUAGAGCAAGUGACUAAGGAAUAUAAUAUGGAAUCAUAGACAGUAGUAUUAUUAUUUGAUUUAUUUUAAUCUCUAAUGAAACUCUAAUCAAUAAAAGUAUUCUCUUUUGAAAACUUUUUCUUUUUUAUU